AUGGACGUGACAUCUGGCCAUGGUUCUUGUCGAGCGCAGUUGAAGGCCGGGUGCAAGCUGGACACUCUUCGGGCUUGCGGCGACGACUUCCUGCCUUACGCGAAGAAGACACAGCUGGAGUCAUCUGGAGACGAGAUGAAAAGAUCAUGCGAGGAGCAGAAUAAGCAGAUCACGUGCGGUGCAAAGUUCGUCGACGACUGCAUGGAAGGUUUGACCAAGGCCAUCGCAUUGCCAGUUGCCGAUGGUUUUAAGCGAAACGUGGAACACGCCUGCAACGAGACUUUGGAAGAACACGAACAAAAAACCGUGAGCUGCAUGAACACGGCCGGCGAAAAGCUCAACUCAUGCUGGAAGACACUCCGAGAAGAUGUGCAGAAGGCUGUAAUCAAGGCGCCCACCGACCAAGUAGUCUUCUACACGUGCUGCUCGUUCUAUGACAUGGUGAGCUGUGCCAACCAGUCACUGACACCAUGCGAAAGCAGCAGCUCAAGGCAACAAGCCCUCGACUCGCUCUUCGGUGUGUACCGACGAUCGCAGAGUAUGGUGUGCGGCAAUUACACCGAGGGAUCCCAAGCUUGCGAGGCGCUUCCCAAACUGCCAGAUCUGGAUGCAAACGAUCGCAAGAUCGAGAACUACGUCGAGCUCUUGGCGGAAACCGCCAUCGCUGUCGGCCGUACGAAGUCGCGUGAGGUUCCUAGCUACAAAAAGUGAAUGUUCGCGCACAAAGCUGGUGCACAAUAGUGACAGUACCAACAAGAAUAAA